AUGUUACGGAAGAGUCUCUACUCCCAUCUCCGAGUGGUGCAUCUCUUGACCAACGAGCAAGUAGAGGUAGUGAAGGCUGAUGUGAGGCGCCAAGCAGCACAAUUGAGUGAAACUGAGAGAAGAGAUGUUGUCUGCCCGUUAUGUGAGGAGUGUUUUGUGGACCAAGAACUACUUGCCAAUCAUUGUAAAGAAGAGCACGAAGAAGACGGAGCAGAGGGAGAGGCACAAGAUUACACAGUUUUCACUCUCAACUUCCGCAGCAAGCAAGAGUUUGACGAAUGGCUAGAGGAUCGGCAGCAACAUGGAGGAGUAUCAUUCCAUACGCGCGACAGUUCGCGCUCCUAUGGAACAAUUUAUUUAAGAUGCAACAGGGCAGGAAGAUACAUUAGAAAGACGGAGACUCAGGCUACACACACUAAGAAAGAUGUGUCGCACUGUUCCUGUUUUCUUAACGUGAAAAUAGAGGAUGACGGAACUGUGAGUGUGAAAGGAUGCCUGGGACACGUUGGCCACAAAGUUGAUCCUGCCCUUUUACGUCUCACGCAAGAACAGCAAGUUUUCCUGAAAGGGAUGUUAGAAGAAUUUUCGCAUGACUACAUCAUUAAACGCCUCAGAAAGGACUUCUCAGCCACUACAUCAAGACUAUACUACGUGACCAAAAAAGAUCUUUGGAGUCUUGUGGAGCGAUUUGGAUUGAGACCUGGACACCGUCAUAAAGAUGACAUGCAGUCUUUGAAGGCAAGACAAGAAGAGGGAAAUCCAGACGACGGAAUCAGACUCCUAGAGCUAGCUGAGGACCCUUCGGGAAGGGGAUUUCGCAUGAUCAUCAUCACCCCUCAGCAAGUAGAAUGGUUGAAGAAGUUUUCACAUCGCGGUAUCUCCGUUGAUGAUACGCAUAAUGCCACCCGAUAUAAUCUCAAGCUUGCGACGGUGACAGUGUUGAACGAGAGGGACACGGGCGUUCCAGCAGAUGUGGAGAAACUUUUUCUCGCGAUCCAAAGCGUGAUGCCCGAAUUCAACCCUAAGCAAAUAGUCACCGACGAAGCGCCAUGCUUUUACAAUGGUUUUCGUUCGGUGUUUCCUCAUUCGCAGGCCAAACUGCACUACUGCAGAUGGCACAUUGAGAAGACGUGGCAGAGAAACGCUAAUAAAUUAAUCAAAGAACCUCAAAUCCGUAAUAGACUGAAGAUGAAGCUGAGAGAUCUUCUCAAGAUAGAAGACUUGCCCACGUUCCAACAAAAGUUUGGUGAAAUUCUCGCGUUCCUUCGAGUCGAGGGCCAGGGUCGGAUGGAGGAUUACCUGAGGCGGAACUAUCUGGGUACAAAUAGAACGCCGACGUGGGCAUCAUUCUCGAAUCAGGGUGCCAUAAUGGACACCACCAUGAUUAGUGAGAGGUGGCACUUGCGUUUGAAAACGGAGUUUCUUCACAGAAACGCUAACGCGAGAGCAGACUGUUUGGUGGACCUUCUUAUUAAGGCCGUGGAAGAGAUGUCGAAGUCUGAUGAAAUCAAGGCUCGUCGUCGGCUGGCUGAGUCCUCCUACCGCGUCCAACAGACCACCAUAUGCCACCGCCAGGCCAUGAAACUUUUUCUUCCAUUUCCUGAUAGAAUCUGCCUACUGAGCACAGACAAAUGGCAAGUACUUACAAGGCAACCUGAGGGACCCUACAUGUACAUUACCCAUGUACAGCGGCGUGGCGACUGCGAAUGCAGUGACGUUGCAGAGGGGAACGUCCACUGCCCCCUCUGCGAUGUCUGCCCGUAUGCAUGGUCCUGCUCCUGCACGGACAAUCGUGCAGGAAUUAGUUGUAUGCAUCGCCACGCCGUGAUGCUUCACUGUCAGCCUCCCAAUAGGGCGGCAUUUAGAAUCACUGCGGAACAGGCAACUGAGGAAGUGGUGGUACCUGAGGAUACCCCCGGACCAAGUACUGCACCAUCCUCGGUGGAAAUAAGCGCCGCUCAGGAAAGAAGGGAGCAAAGAGAUCAAUUAAGAAGCUCUAUCAAUAUGAAAGUAUCUGUGCUUCAAACUAAUGUGAAUGCAUUAGUCAACACAGAUACCGAGGAGGCAAAAGAAAUGCUUUUGGCGAUCGAGGACUUGGUAGAUGAAGCCUCGAAAAUUUAUCUGACACCUUUGACAGGGAUAGCCGUGCGACCAGAGCAAGCGAAACAUGGAGGGAAACCGAAGCAGUCAAAAGUACAGCUCUACACACGUAAGCAAAGCCGUGUUGCGAAAAGCGGUCCAUCACAUGACGGUUCUGGCAAUGAUGGCGAAGAGUCUCGAGAAUAA